CAGAUGACGGGAGCGCGCAUUUGCUUUGACUCACUCAAGAUGGCAACUGGAGCAGAAUACGGCUUGAAAAAGAUAGUUUGGCAAAGAAUCAAGGACACCAUCAUUGCCGACUGCAGAAAGUCAGAAGUAUGGAAGAUCCUCAUUCUGGACCAGUUUACCACCCGCCUCCUCUCCUCCUGCUGCAAAAUGUCCGAUCUCAUGUCAGAGGGCAUCACGAUCGUGGAGGACAUUUACAAAAACAGAGAACCGGUUCCAGAGAUGAAGGCCGUCUACUUCAUGACCCCCACUGCCAAGUGUGUUGAUGCAUUUAUCAAAGACUUCAAUCCCAAACCCAAAUACAGAGCUGCAUAUGUCUUCUUCACUGACUACUGUCCUGAUGAGCUCUUCGACAAGAUGAAGAAGAACUGUGCCAAACACAUUAAAGUGUGUAAAGAGAUCAACAUCUCGUUUCUGCCACUGGAAGCACAAGUGUUCACCUGUGACAGCCCAGAGGCCUUCAAGAGCGUCUACGGUCCGAACAGUCAGGACCGAGAUCAGACGCUGGAGAGGAUCGCUGAUCAGAUCGUAACUCUCUGCGCCGCGCUGGACGAGUACCCUGGAGUCAGAUACAAGAAAGAUUCAGCGCUCGUAUAUGGAAAGCAGUUGGCUGCACUUGUGGAUAAUAAACUGGCACGACAUUACGAGUUGGAUGACAACUCGAAAGUAAAGGCAAAAACGCCGGCUCAGCUUCUGAUCGUUGAUCGUGCGCUGGACCCCGUCAGCCCCAUUCUUCACGAGCUCACCUACCAGGCCAUGGCUUAUGACCUCAUACCUAUGAAGGACAACACCUAUGAGUAUAAAACAAAGGAUGGCUCCAAGAAAGAAGCUUUGCUGAAUGAAGAGGAUGAAUUAUGGGUCAAAUUACGUCACAUGCACAUUGCGGAGGUCACUGGGCAAAUCCCCAAACUGGUGAAGGACAUCUCUGCCGGCAGAAAUGAGAAGCAGUCGGCUGAUGGGAAGAUCACAAUCGGAGCGCUCUCGCAGCUCAUGAAGAAGAUGCCAGCCUUUCGUAAGCAGGUUACUCAGAAAACCGUCCACGUGAGUUUAGCCGAGGAUCUGAUGAGCCAUUAUCAGAAAUAUGUGGAAAAACUCUGCAAAGCUGAACAGGAUCUGGCUGUAGGUGCAGAUGCUGAAGGGCAGAAGGUCAAGGACCCCAUGAGGACGUUACUUCCUGUGCUGUUGAACCAGUAUGACACCACUGACAAGAUCCGGGCCGUCCUUCUCUACAUCUUCAGUCUCAACGGUACGACAGAGGAGAACCUGAAUAAACUGAUCCAGAAUGUGAAAAUCGAGCAUGAAACCGGGUAUAUCCUUAACUGGAAACAUCUGGGGGUCCCCAUUGUCUCCACAUCGAGCAUGUUCUCAUCUCGUAAACAAGCACGGAGAGACCGCUCGGACCAGGAGACUUACAACGUGUCUCGCUGGACACCCGUCAUCAAAGAUGUUAUGGAGGAUGCAGUGGAGAACAAACUGGAGGUUAAAGACUGGCCGUUUCAGUCUGAGUGCCCGUCUGCGUGGAACGGCUCGCGUGCCGUAAGAGUGGUGAGUGCUCGGCAGAAGCACAAGGGCAGCUCUCCGGAUGACCUCAGGAGCGGCUCACGCCUCAUCAUCUUCCUCCUGGGGGGGGUCAGUCCCUCAGAGAUGCGCUGCGCUUAUGAGGUCACGCAGGCUAAUAAAUCCUGCGAGGUCAUCAUCGGCUCGACACACGUCCUCACGCCGCGCGAUCUGCUGCAGGACAUCUUUAAUCUGGGCAAACAACCCAUGGAGAAGUUCAGCAUUGAGGAGGACAGACCCUGAGCGCUGCCUCGGUUACACACAGGACUGAAGGGAACCUCCAUCUGCAUUACUCCUCAUUCAGUUAAACACUUUCCACAGGAAACAAAUAAACAGGGGGAUUAAAACACAUCCUGGGGUGGUUUCAUGUGUACAAUAUCAGGCUACAGUCUUUAAUACUAACUUCACUAACAAUGAGAUCAUUGAGGUUUAAUAAAAUAUCAUGGAGAAUAAAACAUGCAAGAUGAUUCAGGACUUGUGUAACACUAUUAAUACAGUUGAAGCACAUGUAAAAUAAUGCAUAAAUGACAUCAGCGUACUUGCCUUACACACUGGUGCCUUUAUUUACCAGUGCACUGGAUUAACACUCUUCUGUGUGUGUGUGUGUUUGUGUGAAAAGAAAAAAAAACCUUGGCUGUCAAUUUGAAAAGAUGUUUUAAUGUUUGUCUUUUUGUUCUUGAAUUAGGUUGAUUUGUACAUAUUUAUUCUCGUUUGCUUGUAUAAAACGUGUAUACUCAAGAAUGAACUGAGGAGGGAUUGAAUGUGUACUUGUAUUGAACGACUGACAUGACGUGAAUGAUGUGGUUCAAUUCUAAUUUGCUUUGUAACAUUUAAACAGUGUUUGUAAUGUGGUCUAAUUUCAUCUGUACUUCUACAUAAAGAUAUAUUGUGUCAAUAAU